GCUAUUCCAGAAAAAAAUGUAUGGGGGUGUUGGACGGCAGUUGAUCUUUUUUUGCAUGGGUGAUGGGGGGAGGAGGAAUUAAAAUUGUGUGGGUAGUUGUUCUCUUACACAACUUAAUUAGAUGGGUGGUUGUACCUAAAGAGAAGAAAAUAUCUUUUUCAGUUGAUAGAACCUUCAAAUAUCGAUGGAAAACGUGUUUUAUUCGGCGAUUUUGUUUACUUUUUGCGCAUAUUAAAUCCUUUGGUUAAUGCCCGAGCGUUUCGAAUGGAACUGUAUAUGCAUAUCGGUGCUCCUAAAAGGGAGAGAGUUACGAAGUGUCAGAGUAGUAACUGGUUCCCGGAUUUCUUUUUUUAACUGUUUUCCCUAAUGUGACAUGUUCAGUUACCAGAUUGUUUACCGCAUGGAAACAGCAUGGCUGGACAGUGGGAUGUUAUCGCUGUUUGUUCCUGGCUCCAAUCCAAUGGAUUGGGGAAAUUUGCGGACUUUUUUACAGGUAAUAUUUGUUCAUUAAAGGAGAUGGUGUUGUGAAAAUUUAUCCACAACUCGAAGACUGGCUCCAGAAAAGCAAUGUUUACCAUGUUAUUAACGAAAUAAAUGCAAAAAACAAAAAGUCAGUAUGUUUUACUGACAAUCGAAAUUAAACAGAUAAAUGAGUGUAUAUUCGAAAGGAAGUUACAGAGUCCCAAUACAAACAAUAAAAUGAUUUUAAUAAGGGUUAUUAAAAAACAUUUUUCAUACGAGAAAAGGCUGUUUUGUUGGCAUCUUGAUUCUUGAUUGAUUUUUAUUUUAUCAUUAUAUAUAUAUAAUAAAAACACAGAAAUGACAAAAAUAAACAUAAUAUAACCACAAGAGUAUUUUUUUAUCAGUAUUGUGUGAAAUAUGCUCCAGAACUUGAUUAGUACAGUGAAAUGUUUUGUCAGAAGGUAAUAUAAUUAUUUGUUUGCCUUUGGCAUAGUUUGAUUGUUAUUAUUCUGAGUAUACAUGAGGGUCGUAAUGGGGGUACCUUCAUGACCAAUAACGGUAAAAAUUCUUAACAAAUGACGUUAACAGUAAUUUUUGGUACAUGACGAUGAAAUGUACACUUUCUUUUAGACGAUAAAAAAAUCAACUGAUUUUGACGAAUCACGUUAAAUUUUUUCCAAAAAUAACGGUAACGAUAAUUAUUUGAGACCUCUGACGAAUCACGAUAAGGAUAUUUUGACAAAUCACGGUAAAAUUUUAACCAAUAUGAUGCGAACGGUAGCCAAAAAUGACCGUUUGACGCCUGACGGUAAAUGGCAUUCCUACCCUCAUACAUGGGUAAAUUAAUUAUAACCAAAAAAUUACUUUUAUGUACACAUGUAGUAAAAUAAAUAAGUCACAGUAGUUUUUCAAACUUGCAAGCAGAUUCUAUUGAACUUUGUAGGAAAUCAAUGUCGGAUAUAAAUUGCCAGUAUUAUUUAAGAAGAAAUAGAUGGUAAUGCUUUAUUGGGCCUAAACGAAGAUGAGGUGUUACAGAUUUUCCCAAAAAUGGGACCAAGGGCAAAAUUUAGGACCCUCCUUCAUCAGUUAAAGGAAGGUGACAUGAAGGAAAAAAAGCCUGAGAAGCCUGAAGAAGUCACCAAAGCAUCUGUAACACUUGAGGCUGUAACUUUUGAAAUACAACCAGAAAAUAUGGAACAUGUAGAAAUAAAUGAUCUUGAGACCAAGCAACAAGAUGUUAAGGUUGAACCACAGAUUGUCAACAGAAAACAGGCUAUCCCAAAAGCACAGAUAACAGCAAAGUUAGCACCUGGUACUCAGAUGACACUUAAUCAUUUUCUGAAGGGAAAAAUGGAUCCUAAAUGUGACAGAUAUGGUGAAUUGAGGCGUAUUGGUUUUAAAGUUUUCGAACAAGAGUUCCUAGAUUUGCAAACACCUAUGAAGCGUGCAUGGUAUGAGUUUUGGAACAAAAAGGCUUUGGACUUAGCACAUGAAAAUACCAAAAGAUCUUAUAUGGAAGGUUUGAUAAAAAAAGCCUGGUCAUAUGAAGGUGGCAGACAGAUUGCACUAUGCAAAUUUGGGAAGGAAAUCUGUAAAGCUCAAAAAUUAGAAAAUGAUCCAUUCAGUUGCUAUGAGCAAGCAGCAGAACAGAAACAAAAUGAAAUACAGAAAUUGGAGACAGAAAAGACAGAAAAAGAGCAGGAACUUUGUAGUCGAAUAUACAAAGGAACCAUUUCUAUGAAUGAUAAAGUUUCAUUACGAAAGCAUAUAAAAUUGAUAACAGUUGAUGCUGAGAAAGCUGAGAAAGAUUAUUCAAAAAUACUAACAAACUGGACAGCUCAUGCUUAUAAAGUUGAGAGACGGGGUGUAGAGAAAAAGAAACCUGGUAGGAAAAGGAAAGCAGAAAUACAGGAGAUAAAAUAUCUGACUGCAAAGGAGUUAAGGUCUAAGAAAAGUAAAGUUGAUAACCAGUCAGCAGGCAACCAAGAUAAAAGUAUGGAGUCAAAUGAUAUGUUUGUAGAAGACCCAGCUGAGAUCACAAGUGACAACCAUGAUGAAGGUAUGGAGUCAAAUGAUGUUAUGUUUGUAGACGACCCAGCUGAGAUAACAAAGGACAACCAUGAUGAAGGUAUGGAGUCAAAUGAUGUAAUGUUUGUAGAAGACCCAGCUGAGAUAACAAAGGACAACCAUGAUGAAGGUAUGGAGUCAAAUGAUGUAAUGUUUGUAGAAGACCCAGCUGAGAUCACAAGGGAUAACAACAAUGAAGGUAUGGAGAAAAAGAAUCAGGAAAAACAGAAGAAAAAUCCAAUGACAAAGAAAAACAUGACCCUAUUUAUACCACAGACAUAUGAUACGUACCUUGGAAUAAAGUUGUUAUUUCCAGGAAUCAGUCAGAACACAGUUGGGCUUCCCCAUGGUCUAUCACGAGGUUCAAACGCUUGCACUGGUUUCUGCCUAAAAUUGGCUGAACAUUUUUUUAACGAAAAAUUUUCUCUUCACAUUAAACCCGCACUUUCCGAGUAUAGAAGUAGCCUGCAUGAAAUAGUAUCAAGGUAUGAGGACAGAAACAUUCAGAUGAUGGACACAAAAUCAGCUAUGACAUAUUUUGGAUAUCAGAAUUCGAUGAAAAUUAUAUCAGACACAUAUUGGCACCGACAACUUGGUGUAGGUGCUGAUGACCCAUUAGAAAUAUGCAGUGCAGAAUACAACAGAUCGAUAAACUCACAAGAAAGAGAAGCCCUUUUUAUCACUGUGUCAGACAAAACAUUCAUCAUUUUAAAUAAUGAGGAAGGAGAUCAAGUCCUUUUUGACUCCCAUGUGCAUUACACUGAUGAUAACAUGACUCUAGAAGAUACUUUAAACAGAAAAGAUCUACAUGGUCUGAUUGCUGCAAGUGACAAAACCUCAAACAUGCUUAUGUAUGUAUUUGCUCAUGUUGUAAAUGAACUAAGAUGUUCCACUGAUACCGGAUGUAUGUAUCGCUGUCAAAAAAACUAAAAGAUGCUCCUUGUUUACCUAUGCGGGAAAAUUCAAUAAAUGUCUCAUGUAAAGAAAAUACAACAAAUUUAAAUAUUUAUAAAAGAAGAUUAAAGAAUGAUAAUUUUCAGCGUGAUGGCCGGAGAUCAGCAGCAAUAAAAAAUGGUAUUUGGUAUGAUUUGAACUAUUGUAAAAACAAUUGGAAUGAUGCUAUCUUAUCAUUGGUAAAACUGGCAAAUGAUGAAAAGAAAAACAUUUUACGACGAAUACAGUAUUUUGGAAUUUUGAAAGUAUCAGAAAAAUUAGAAAAUGGUCAGUUAAUGCCAUUAAAAGAACUUUAUGAACUCUAUUCUACUGAAUGUAAUAAUGAAUUAUUGUUUUGCUCUUUAAAAACUAAAUUGUUUAGUUACCAUUCUGCAUCAUAUAGAGAUCUUUUCAUGAGAUAUUUACCUGUCAUACAAAUUUACAAAGCUGUAGAUAAUCAGACUCGAGCCUUUAUUCUAAAGAAACCUAUUGACAAAGACUUUGCAAAUUUAAUAGCAACAAUUGAAUGGCCCAACAGAAAUGAACUUUUGAAAAAGAACAUUAGUACAAAACUUGAAAAUAUCAUGACACCAGCAUUAAAUAGCUGCUCUGAAAAGGACAGACAUAUUCUUAAGUAUAUAAUAUCCACACUAACUUCGGUGGAGUUUCUGAACAAAACUGGAAUAGAUGGAAAAAGAUAUCAAAGAAGCAGCUUAAAUACCAGUAUGACAUAUGCAAAAGAAACAAUACAGAAAUGGACUGUAAACAAAGACUCAUUGAGUGCAAAUAUGCUGCACAAGAAGAGAACAGAAACAGGACAACGAAUACAGGUGCUUGGAUCUGGAAGGAAACUUCUUGCUGAAAAGUAUCCUGAUUUAACAACAUUAAUGUUAAGACUGUUCGAUGCUGGAGGAGAUGGAUUACAAAGUCAUCCAAGAUUAAUAUGCGACACUUUAUUUUUACAUAAAAGUAAAUGGAUGAACAUGCCUCGAUGUGUAACAAUUUUAAAACAGAUCUAUGAUAUUGAUAUAUCAAUUAGUGCAGCUUAUACUUAUACAGAAAACUAUCGUGAAAAAAGUCACCAAGCAAAACGUCAUCAUCAUGGCAAAAAUGUAAAUCCUGGUAUAUCAUUAAAGAAACCAACAAGAGAUGGGAACCACAAUCCAUCAAUUAAUGAUCAUUUUGCACAGACAGACAUAAACUAUUCAAUAGAAGAGACUCUGAUCAACAAUGGAAAAGUCAUCGCAAGAGACGAUAAGGCUUUAGUACAUUGCGAUGUAGAAAUUGUACAAAGACCAAGUAAAUCUUGGAAAAAAGUCAUCUUUUCAGACCAUGAUUGGGAAAAGGACACAAAAAGAAGUUUGCAAAUUACAACUUAUCAAUUUGUUAAAGUGAAGGAUAUGUCAGAAAAUGAGGAUAUCGUUGCGCAAUUCAGUGGAAUUCCCAUUUGUCAAAGUAGAUUAACCGGUGGAGGAUUGUCAAUAGUAAAAAUCCAUUACUUUGAAAAUUCUACUGUGUUUAGACACUUUAACGAAUUAUUGUUUGUCAUGACUUUGGAAAAUCAGCAUGUGUUUUUCCAGACAGGAGAUAAUGGUCUUAUACCCCAAUUAUUAAUAACAGUUGAUGGAGGUCCAGAUGAGAGACCCAGGAACAAACAGACUAUGUUUGCGACUGUCCU